AUGGCAAAAACAGGGAUCCCAGCCGCGGCGAGAGGAGCGGUCAGAGACGACAAAAUGCCAGUCAAGGCGAAGUCAAGCGGUCCUUCGACUUUGAACGUUGACCACCCCGCUUCCGUCGACGUAGGGGCAACAGGUAACAUGGCAUCUUCACAGAUAACUAACGAAAUCUCAUCUGCCGAGAGCGACAAGGAACUCAAUGGCAAGGAGGUUGCGAGCAACGUUGUGAGUUGUCCGAUGAGGGCGGCGUCGUCGGAAGCACGUGCGGAGCGAGGGAAACGAUGCACAGCCAGGCGUGGGCGAGCGGUAUGCGUGAGACGGAGAGUUGCACGAGCCAUGUCAAUGAUUCUUCUCGAACGGAACAGGUGA